CAGAAUGCAAAGCUAUGCUAGCUGGUCUCUAGCAGAGCAGCCUGGCUGCGAGCAGAAAACAACAACAGGCUACUUUGCAGGGAAGGCAGCUGCAUGGCUAGCGACGACAACAACAACGAUCAGGAUUUCUUCUAUACAGUCAUAUUUGCUUAAACCAAAAAUGUAUCUCUGCAUUAUAAUGUGAAUACUAUGGGGUGUUACAGGUUGUCCAUAAGCUGAAGUGAUAUUUAUUCAUUGCUGUACGGAGAAGUGUUUGCAAGCUAUCGAGCUAGCACGCUUGCUGUCUGCGUCUCUAUGUUUGAGUGUCUUCCGGCAGCAGCGGCGGCAGCAGCGGUGCCAUGAACAGUGGACUCCCACCUUCAGCUGCUCCGCUCGGGGGUGCCGGGAUAUCUAAUGUCAAGGUGAAAUUUUGCCGAUAUUACGCUAAGGACAAAACCUGCUUUUAUGGAGAUGAAUGUCAGUUCCUGCACGAGGAUCCGUCCAUGCCAAGCCUGCCGCUGCACGGCGGUAGUAGCCCCGUCCCUUUGCCCAUGGCCGGGGGUGGCGGGACUCCAGCGGGAUAUUCUCUUGGGGGCACGGCGACGGCCUGCCCGGGCGGUGGAGGAACCGGUGUGCCCAAGAAAAGUGAAACAUUGGGGCCUGCAGGCACAUCUCUGGAAGGGCAACUGCUGACCAUCCCAGGGAUGGAGGGUGCAAGCCUGAGUGAUGCCAAUCUUACCAACUCUUACUUCAGCAGCAGCUUUAUUGGGGUCAAUGGGUUUGGAAGCCCAGCAGAGUCAAAAUAUUCAAUGAUGCAGCGUAUGACUACCAGCAGCAGUUCUCCCAGUCUCCUCAAUGAUGGUGCCAAGAAUUUCAGCCACAGCACUCACGAUCCAGUGAACUCCCCGACAUCCUCACUGUUCAGUGAUUUUGGUGCUCUUAGCAUUUCUCAAAGGAGAAAGGCUCCUAACCCAGCAGCAACUGAGUUUAUCCCCAAGGGAGCUCCACGCAUGGCCACUUUGGCACAGUCUGCUGUUCAGGCCUUUCCCUCACCUCUCUUCACGCAUCCUGGUCUCAGCAGCUCCACGGCUGCUGCUCUAGCGCCAGGCAUGUCUUUGUCUGCUGGAUCGUCUCCUCUCCACUCCCCAAAAAUUACACCUCACACCUCACCUGCUCCUCGUCGGCGAAGUCACACCCCGAACCCCGCCAACUACAUGGUGCCCACCACUGCGUCUGACCAGGGUUCACACAUUAUCCAGAAAGAGACUGUAGGGGGAACUACCUACUUCUACACAGACAACACUCCAGCACCAAUGGCUGGGAUGGUGUUUCCUACCUACCAUAUAUAUCCCUCCACAGCACCCCAUGUGGCUUAUAUGCAGCCAAAAGCCAAUGCCCCGUCCUUUUUCAUGACUGAUGAGCUCCGACAGGAGUUGAUUAACAGACAUCUUAUAACCAUGGCCCAAAUUGAUCACUCAGAGAACCCAGAUGUACCAUCUGAAGUGGACAGCUACCAUAGCCUGUUCCCCCUUGAGCCCCUACCCCCACCAAACCGAAUGCAGAAGACCAGCAACUUCAGCUACAUCACCUCCUGUUACAAGGCUGUCAACAGCAAGGAUGACCUGCCUUACUGCCUGAGGAGGAUACAUGGUUUCCGCCUUGUUAACACCAAGUGCAUGAUGUUGGUGGACAUGUGGAAGAAGAUUCAGCACUCAAAUGCUGUAACAUUGAGAGAGGUCUUCACCACUAAGGCCUUUGGAGACCAUUCGCUAGUUUUCUCAUAUGACUUCCACGCAGGUGCAGAGACGAUGUUCAGCAGACAUUUCAAUGAUCCAGCAGCAGACUCAUACUUCACCAAGAGGAAGUGGGGGCAACAUGAACCUCCACCACCACGACAGCAUGCAGGUCUGCUGCCUGAGUCUCUGAUCUGGGCCUACAUUGUCCAGCUCAGCUCAGCCUUGCGGACCAUCCACACUGCUGGCCUGGCCUGUCGGGUGAUGGACCCCAGCAAGAUUCUUAUCACUGGCAAGACCAGGUUACGGGUGAAUUGUGUAGGGGUGUUUGAUGUCUUAACGUUUGACAACAGUCAAACCAACCAUCUUGCCCUGAUGCCACAGUACCAGCAAGCAGAUCUCGUGUCGCUGGGCAAGGUGGUGCUGGCUUUGGCCUGUAAUUCCCUGGCUGGCAUUCAAAGGGAGAACUUGCAGAAGGCCAUGGAGCUGGUGUCUAUUAACUACUCUUCAGACCUCAAGAACCUCAUUCUAUACCUGCUGACUGAACAGUCUCGCCUGCGCAGCGUCAAUGACAUCAUGCCGAUGAUUGGAGCCCGGUUCUACACACAACUGGAUGCAUCGCAGAUGCGGAAUGAUGUCAUAGAGGAAGACUUGGCCAAGGAGGUGCAAAAUGGUCGUCUCUUCCGCCUCCUCGCCAAACUGGGCACCAUUAACGAGCGGCCAGAGUUUCAGAAGGACCCAACAUGGUCAGAGACGGGUGACCGCUACCUGUUGAAGCUUUUCCGGGAUCACCUGUUUCACCAGGUGACAGAAGCAGGGACACCCUGGAUUGACCUCAGCCACAUUGUCUCCUGCCUCAACAAGCUGGACGCGGGGGUUCCUGAGAAGAUCAGCCUGGUGUCUCGGGAUGAGAAAAGUGUCCUGGUUGUGACAUAUUCGGACCUGAAGCGCUGCUUCGACAGUACCUUCCAGGAGCUGCAGGCUGCUGCUGCUGGCUCUCUGUAGCGCCCUCUUCAGGCCCGGGGUGGGACUCCCUCGCCCCCGUCAGACCUGGAGCACACUAUUGCACUACAACGGAGGACCAGGCUCACAGACGACAUCAGCAUGGCGAAGGCAGCGGGGCAGGGCUUCGUGAACCUCAGUCACAUACACUGAUCCCUGUCCACCAAGAAGGCUUUUCUAAAGUGAAUUUUUUUAGUUUUCGUAAACCCUGCAGCUGAAAAUUGAACACAAAAGAAAAAGAACAGAUAAUGGAAGCUGUGACGUACGACAUUUUUUUAGAUUUGGGGAACAAAGCAAGAAACAAAACGUGAACUUUUUUCCUGCUUUUAUUGUUUAUUUCUACAGUUGGGGUUUAUUUUUCUGAGGAGGAUGCACUAAGAUUUUAAUUUUUUUUUUGUUAAUUUUAUGAAUAUGUGAGUGGCCUACAGGGUGCACAGAGAGCUCAAGUCACACACAUGGACAUAAAUACAAGCGCUGACUCCCGAUUUAAAGAAACAAGAAAAAAAAAGAAAAGGAAAUCCAGCUUUUUGUUGACUGCAUCUCUCUGCCGGUUGGAGACCACACCCCUUCAUUCUAACGCACUAGGAGACGGGACACACCACUCAAGGCUUUCAAUGUGUCGGGAUGGCAUCUGUUUCAUGAAAAAAAGGCCAACCCACCUUUGCCUUGAUUGUUGGCUCCCCUUGAGAAAGGACUAACCACUUGGGUUGGUGGAUGGGUUUGUAAAACUGGGGGGGUGGGGGGGAUUUCUGACAUUUUUGUUCAGAAAACUUAGUUCUCAUAUUUGUGGAUGGAUGGGUGGGCAAUGUUGGACUGGGGACCUCGGGUGGGUGUGAAACAUGGUUUCUGUUGGCACUGAGGAAGGGGUGUCUUCUCCUGAGGCCAUUUAGCAAGUGUUUGUUACAUAUGCAGCAACCACCAUUGUUUAUGGACACUGUUGUGACAGUAACUGCUCAAGGAUGGGUCAUUUUGGGUCUGGGUUCAGCCCAUGAGUGGGGCUUCUGUUGAGGUGGAGCCACAGCUGCCUCUUUGUGGAAUGUCCUUAUUUUGUUCCCUGCCCGUCCUCCCACUCCCCCAACAUAACCAGUCUCUGUCUCUUACUCUUCUUUCUUCCUGUUAUCCCAGACUUCACUUCCCCCUACAUCUUAAGGAAAAAGUGACACUUUUUGUGACUUUUUACCAACUGCAUUUUCACUUUGCUCAGCUGUUGUGCAGGAAUGCACGACAGGAAAUGGAAGAGCAAUUAAUUUUUGCCUCACUUUUGUUCUUUACUAUUCUGUGGACCAAUUCCAGCAGGGGUUUUAAGUAAAGGGGAAGGGACUGAGGGCAGAUAAGGAUGGGAACACAAACUGUAAUUUGUUUUAUUUGACUUUUUAAGAUCAUGAAAUACAAAUGUGCUGGAGACAAAGCAGUGGCACUGGCUGUUGCACUCACCAGGAUGGCUUGCGAUUUCUCUCAGGAUGACAAACAGCUGGAGGGGCCCAAUGAUUGAAUGUGUUUGGCUGUCAUUGGCUGCCCCCUCUCCAGUCAGAUAGAUGAGCUUCAGUGGAGUGGGCAGGACAUCUUCAGAUGGAGGUUAUAGGAAGUUUUUGAAAGUUUAAGACAUUGUGGAGAUCAUGUAGGGUGGGAUUUUAUGUUGCCCUGAAGUGCAGAUCUAUUUUUAUUUGACUUGGGAGUCAAAAUUACUCUUCAAAUUUAGUGCAAAUGUAUUUUGCCUAUUAGAAAUAAGAACCUACGGUCUGCAAGACCAUUAUCUUAAUUCUUCUGCCUUUGUCUCUGUAUGAAUGUACACAAACAUGAGAUUGCAGAGCAACAGGACCAUGUGUUGGAACCAAAAGAGAAGCCCUAAAUCAAGCACAAAGUUAGACAGAAACCUUUUAAAUGAUCCUUAAAGUUGAAGGUCUGUUCUUUCGGGCAACAAACAUGCAGGGAGCUGGCUGUAUUAGAUCAUAUACUACUUCCUCUGUUUUAGUGGAACAAAUGGAUAAAAAAAUGGUGAAUGUGGUGCUUUAGAAAAUCUUAAACACACAGGAUCAUACACAAACGAACCCCAAUGCCCUUUGACUCAGCCUACACAAUGUCAGUGCUCAUAUCACUGUAUUCAACAUAAAACACACACACACUCCAGUUAUUUCUGAUGACCGUAUUCUCCUCCCCACAGCCAUACACCUACAAUCACCAUCUUAGUAUGUUUCAUGCCCCUCUUGUGUUCUUGUCUCAAAUUUUGCAAUAUUUGUGUGUACAGCAGUAUUUUAAUAAAGAAUACGAAAACUGA